AUGGCUCCUGACGAUGCCAGGAAAGAAGCCUCCAAACCAAUUGGUCCAAAGCAGAAAACAGGCCGAGGGACCAAGAGAAAUAGGUCGGAGGACAGCACGCCUAAAGGCAAGCAGCCAAAGAGUGCCAAAUGCGAGGCUUCAAAAGUCGCACGGUCCUCAGGAGGUGCCGGGGCUCAGGCCUCGGGUGCCUCCAAAGUUCAAUCCUCGGGAGCUUCCGGAGCUCAGCCCUUAGGAACUCCCAAGGGUCCCGCAUCAGGUGGGCCCACCUACAGCCAGGCUACCGCUGGUCUGAAGGUGGGGAUAAUGCACAAAAAAUUUCCAGAGGUGAGUUUGGAAAUGGACCGUCUAAUGGCCAUCAAAAAAUCGCUAAUGAAAGAGAUUAUUGCAUUGGGGAACGAGGACGCCAUAACGCCUACGUUCCACCAACUGCAUAUGAGGCCAGGCUGGCUUGGGCUGACAUGCUCUGACAAAGCCACUGUGGAGUGGCUGAAGAGCAUACAGCCAAAACUCAAACCUUGGGAGGGAGCUGAUCUAAGGAUAGCCGAAGAGGCAGAACUGCCUCACCCAGAGAUCCUGGUCGGAUAUCUCCCCGACAGCCAUGAUCUCUCCAAUGAGAAAAUUCUCAAGGCGGACCCAUGCUCGAGAUAA